UCCCGCCGGGGCUGCCCGCGGAGGGGGCCGCACCCUGCGCCCCCCCGGCCGCCUCCCCGCCGCGGGACCUUGGCUUUGCCCUUCGCACGGCAGGUGGCGGGGCCAGCGGAGAAGGAUGCGUGUCUUCCCGUGGGGAUUUUGGCUGCUGUGUGUCGCCUCCGCCCCGGCUCGCGGUGACAGCGGCAGCAAGGCGAGGAGCUGCGCCGAGGUCCGGCAGCUGUAUGGGGCCAAGGGCUUCAGCCUCAGCGGCGUGCCCCAGGCCGAGAUCUCCGGGGAGCACCUGCGAAUCUGCCCACAAGGCUAUACCUGCUGCACCAGUGAGAUGGAGGAGAACUUUGCAAACAAAAGCCGGAGUGAAUUUGAAGCCAUGAUGAAAGAGGCUGGUCGCUCUGUGCAGGCAACACUCACAGCACAGCACAGGAGCUUUGACAGUUAUUUCCAGGAUUUGUUGAACAAGUCAGAAAAGGCCCUUUAUGAUGCUUUUCCAAGCAUGUAUGGAGAAUUGUACACUCAAAAUAUGAAAGUCUUCAAGGACUUGUACAGCGAGCUGCGCCGCUAUUACCGGAGCUCCAACAUCAACUUGGAAGAGGCCCUCAAUGAGUUCUGGACACGCUUGCUGGAGCGGCUCUUCAAGCUGAUGAAUCCCCAGUACCACAUCACAGAUGAGUACCUGGACUGCAUGGUGAAACACGCAGAGCAGCACAAACCCUUCGGGGAAGUUCCCAGGGACCUGAAGGUGAAGGCAACCCGAGCCUUCAUCGCAGCACGUUCCUACGCACAGGGCUUUCUGGUGGGCAGCGACGUGGUCAAAAAGGUGUCUCAGGUGUCCCUGAGCCACGAGUGCACCCGCGCCAUCAUGAAGCUGAUGUACUGCCCGCACUGCCGGGGCAUGUCCAGCGUGAGGCCCUGCAACAACUACUGCCUGAACGUCGUGAAGGGAUGCCUGGCCAACCAGGCAGACCUGAGCACCGAGUGGAAGUACCUGAUGGAUUCCCUGAUGGUGGUGGCUGAUCGGAUCGACGGACCCUACAAUGUGGACACUGUAAUAGGGACCAUUCACAUGAGGAUUGCUGAAGCUAUUUCCAACUUGCAAGAAAACAAAGAUUCCAUCACAGCCAAGGUGUUUCAAGGCUGUGGAAAUCCCAAAAUCAGCACAAAAGGCUCCAGCAGUGAGGACAAGAAAAGACGGGGGAAAGUCACAUUGGAGGCCAAAUCCUCUGCACAAGCGCUGGAGAUGCUGGUUUUAGACGCCAAAGGGAAUCUGACAGCUCUCAAGUCGUACUGGAUCACCCUGCCCAGCAGCCUGUGCAGCAAAAAAGUAAUGGCCAGCUCAGCGUCGGAUGACAAGUGCUGGAACGGGAUGACCAAGGGCAGUUACCUGCCUGAGGUGAUGGGGGACGGCCUAGCGAAUCAGAUCAACAACCCGGAGGUGGAGGUGGACAUCACCAAGCCAGACAUGACCAUUCGCCAGCAAAUCAUGCAGCUAAAGAUCAUGACAAACCGUCUGGGCAACGCCAACAUCGGCAAUGAUGUGGAUUUCCAAGACACGAGUGACGACAUGAGCGGCUCGGGGAGCGGGGACAGCUGUCCUGACGACGUCUGCGGCAAAAGACUUUCUAAGAGCCCCAGCACCAGGCAGCCAGAAACACACGCUAUUCCUAAGCAGUCUGGACACGGCGUCAAUGGGGCCAGCAGCAGAUCUUUGCCUUCUGCCUCCCUCCUCCUCCUCCUCUCGGUGGCUGUCAUCGCCCCGCAGCACUUGUGGCGGUAACUCACUGGCACAGCCAGGAAACAGACUGCGGCUGAGGGCUUCACUUUGCCAAAACCAACCAACCAACCAACAACCAAAGGACAUAUUUAAAUCACCUUGGCAAAAAAA